GCUGCUGACCACUUUCUAUUCUGGACAGUAACAGUAAUAGCAACAAUAAAAACCAUUUUACUUCGAUUUCAUCAAAAAAAAUUAAUGAGAAAUUGUAACAGUGCUAAAGCCGAUUGGUUAUCGGAACAAAAUCCAGAAUCCAUAGUAAUAAUGACACAUCAUGCAAAAGUUAGUCGAAUUGUUUUUAUAUUUCAAGCGGUUUUCAGUUAUUUUACUCUCGUGAUGUACGUAAUUGCACCAAUGGCUAGUAAUUUAGAAGAUGAACAGGGUUUGCCAUUAUCUACGGUAUGCGUCUUCAGGAAUAUGUCAGUUUUGGAAUAUCAGAGCAUUUAUGUUCUUCAGGCUGUUCAACAAUUAUACAUUGUAAAUGGCAACAUUGGCACUGAUUAUUUUUUUUUUGCUAUGAUUAUGCACGUUUGCGGACAAGCUCAAAUAUUAAGUCUACGUUUUAAUAAGUUCGGUAGCAAAGGACAAAAAUAUGAGAUGGAAGAAAAUAAUUUGAUUGUUCAUUCAGAAGUUAAAGAAGAAGAUUUUAAUGAAUUUCAUAAUAUACAGAGUUUCAGAAGAAUACGAGUUCUUAUUAAUAGGCAUUGUGAACUUAUUGAACUUGCUGAUGACUUAAAGGAGAGUCUGACCUACAUUUUGCUCGUGCAAUUUACAAUGGAUAUUAUAAUGAUGUGCUUAACAGGAUUGCUGACAUUGAUUUAUUUACAACAAGGAGACACAGUUACAGCUGGCAGAACAAUUUGUGGUUUUUCAAUUGUUGUAAUGAGUUUAUUUAUUUAUUGUUACAUAGGCGAUUAUUUGCAAUAUCGAUUUGAGAAAACAACUGAAGCUAUAUAUCAUUGUUUUUGGUACUCAUGUUCACCAAAAGUAAGCAGAAAUAUUCUUCACAUUCAAACACGUGGGAGAAACUUGAUGAAUCUCACUGCUGGACAUUUCUGCAACAUUAAUCUUGAAAUGUUUAAAACUGCUAUGAAAACUGCUAUGAGCUUUUUCUCUGUGAUGCGAAUACUUCUAGAGAAAGAAUAAAAAGUGAGACUAUUCAUGGUUGAAUAUACUUAAAACUAGAGUAAUAAA